AUGGAGUGGGAUUGGUCCAGACAACCGGUUUCUUCAGUGGAGGUUGCGGAAUUGCAUGGUUGUUUGGGGCUGUUGGCUGGUUUGAAAUCGUCGGGUUCAAAAGAUAAAUGGAGAUGGACUCCCAGCGCUUCAGGUAUUUUUUCGACUCAAUCGUUCAAAGCUUUUUCGAUUGAUCCGGAGCUGCCAGUAUGCUCCUUUUCGGUCAGAAGGUGUAGGUGGGUUCCGGCUAAGUGUAACAUUCUAGUUUGGAGAGCGGCUAUGGACCGUCUCCCGACUAAGAGUGCGUUAAUCAAAAGAAAUAUUUCGGUGGGUUCGGGAUUGUGCGUAUUUUGCAAUGAUGCCAUGGAAUAUGUGGACCAUCUAUUCACGGCACGCCUCUUGGUUCACCGUGUUUGGAGUAUGUUCAGCGAAUGGGUUAAGAUGCAGCCUUUCUUCGCCUUUUCUAUUUAUGAUAUUUUGGAGUUGCAUAAAAGCUGGGUUGGGAACAAGGAGUCUAAAGAGAUUGUUAAAGGCUUGGUCAUUACGACGUGUUGGUGCAUAUGGAGAGCGAGAAACUUACAGAUCUUCGAAAAUGGUAGCGGUAACGAAGAUGACAUCUUUAGGGAGGUUAAAUCUCUUAGUUUUUUUUGGUUUAAAAAUAGAUCCACUCAUGGUAAUUUGGUUUGGGACGAGUGGUGUAAAUAUCCUUUGUACAUGAUGUAG